AUGACCCCAGGCGCCGCAGACGGCUUUGAGAAGCUGGUGCUCCCAUCCGGACACAAGGACAUUGUUCGAGCACUGGUCAGGACAUAUUCAAAGAAGUUGGGGAGCAUCGACACAGAGAGCUCAAUCAAUCUUCAACGCGAGUUUGAUCUUAUCAAAGGCAAAGGAAAAGGACUCAUCAUUCUACUCCACGGUGCACCAGGCGUUGGAAAAACUUCAACAGCCGAGUGCGUUGCCGCAAAUGCAGGCAAGCCACUCUUUCCCAUCACUAUUGGUGAUGUUGGAGGAGAGUCAGCAGCGCAGGUAGAGCAGAACCUUGAAAAGUACUUUGACUUGGCUCGCAAGUGGAAUUGCGUACUGCUCCUAGAUGAAGCCGACGUCUUUCUCGGCACGUGUGUAGAGGGCAACACUGCCCAAAACAGUUUGGUUUCUGUUUUCCUUCGCGCUUUAGAGUACUAUCCUGGUAUUCUCAUUCUCACAACCAACCGAGUCGGUUCAUUCGAUGAGGCCAUCAAGUCUCGCGUUCACUGUGCACUAUAUUACCCACCACUAGACAAGGAUCAGACCAUGAAGGUGUGGCAGAUGAAUCUCAAAUCGCUAGAGGAGCGAAACGCUGGAUCUGCUCCUGGGCAGCGGAUCCAGUUCGAGCCGAAAGAGAUUGGAGAGUACGCGCGGCAUCAUUGGAAGAAGCGAAAGCGCGGGAACAGGUGGAAUGGGCGACAAAUCAAGAACGCCUUCCAGACGGCGGUCGCCCUGGCUGACUGGGAUACUCUCACGUAUACCAGCGGGAAAGGCAACCCCGAAGGUACGGUCCUGAGACGAGAGCAUUUCAAAAAGGUGGCCGAGGCCAGCGCACAUUUCGACAUGUAUCUCGAGCGGACCAGGACAAGUGAUCAGCAGCGUGCCCGCGAAUGCAUGUACAGAGAAGACCGCCGGCUCUCGACUCAACGAUCUUUCCGAGUCCGACGAAGAAAGUACGUCGGAAGCAGAAGUCAAGAACAAGAAAAAAAACGCCAAGAAGGUCUCGGCUAG